UAGCCUUAACUGCAGAUUCAAAGAAAGGAGGUCGGAGACAAAUCAACACUGAACUGUGAAGGGGAACAUGAAAGCAGUGAAUAAUAGGUCGCGCUUUCUGUCCAGUUGUAAACGAUCAUGUCGAGCCUCAAGAUUAACGCGAAGUUUGCAGAAAAAUACGAGAAAUAUCGUCAGAAAGAAGAACUACAGAGACUGAAGGAUCGCUACGGAGACCGAGAUGAGACAAACUCCUCAGACGACUCGGACUCGGACUCGGACGAGAGCGAAGUGGAGCUGGACCCGAAGCUGGACAGGGAUUUUUACAGAACGCUGUCACUGCUGAAGAAGAAGGAUCCAAAGAUCUACCAGAAAGAUGCCACGUUCUACACAGAACAGACAGCUUCUGGAUCGGGCAGCGACGACCAGCCGUCCACUUCUAAAAAGUCGGAGAAGCCCAUGUUCCUGAAGGACUACGAGAGGAAAGUCAUCCUGGAGAGAGGAGGAAAAUAUGAUGAUUAUGAUGAGGAUGACAGCGCUGAUGAAGAAGUCUCCAGAAAUAUGCAGAAGAGAGCUGAAUCUCCCACCUACAUCCAGGAACAGAACGAACUGCUGGAAAGUUUUCGAAAGUUCGUGGAAGACAGCGAUGAAGAGGACAGCGAUGGAGGCGAACAGCUGCUGACACGGAGGAACAAAACGCAACAGGAGAAGGACAAAGAGGAAGCUGACUAUGUGGAAUGGCUGAAGGGUCAGGCGGAGCUGCAGGGGGAAGAGGACGUCAAGGACAUGAAAUACCUGCACGACUACUGGAACAACCCCGAGCUGGACGAGAGAGAGUCUUUCCUGCGAGAUUACGUGCUCAACAAGGGCUACCUGGAGGAGGAGGAGGAAAACAGGAUCCCCACCUAUAAUGAGCUGAUGCAGGAUGACGUGGAUGACUCCGAGGAAGAAGGAGAAUCAUUUCUGCAUAAGCAGGAAGACUUUGAGAGGCAUUACAACUUCCGCUUUGAGGAGCCUGAUGCCGGGAAGGUCAAAACGUAUCCUCGCAACAUCGCCACAUCUGUCCGAAGCAAAGACGACAGAAGAAAGAGGAAGAGGGAGGAGGUGAAGGACAGGAAGAAAAAGGAGAAGGAACAGAAGCAGCAGCAGCUGAAGGAACUGAAGAACCUGAAGCGAGCAGAAAUCAUGGACAAACUGAAAAAAAUACAGGAGCUGACAGGAAACGAGAAGCUGGCGUUCAAUGACGCCGACCUGGAGGGAGACUUUGACCCCCAGCAACAUGACCAGCUCAUGGAGAAGUUCUUCGGGGAUGAAUACUAUGGAGAGAACGAGGACGAGAAACCACAGUUUGAAGACGACGAUGAUUUAGCAGAAAACUGGAACUGGGAUACCUGGGUCGGUAACGAAGAAAAGGAGGAUGAGUAUAGAGAUGAAGAAGAAAAUGCUGUGGAGGAAAACUAUGAGCCCAACUGUGAAGAUCCUGAUUUUAUAAUGGAUGCUGACUAUGACCCGAGUCAACAGCCUGUUUCUAAAAAGAAGAGGAAGAAGGAUAAAUGGGAGAAGAAAAAGAUGACCAAAGAGGACGCCCCUCUAAUGGGAAAAAAGAGAAAGAAGUCCCACUUUGCAGAGAUCAUCACCAAAAACAAGCCAGUCUUUGAUCCGAAGGAGAAAAGCUUUGAGCAGUACCUGGACGAGUACUAUAAACUGGAUUAUGAGGACGUCAUUGAUGACUUGCCAUGCCGAUUUCGCUAUAGAGAAGUUGUACCGAAUGACUUCGGUCUGACCACGGAUGAGAUCCUGAAAGCAGAAGAAAGCGAGUUGAACCGCUGGUGCUCUUUGAGGAAGACCUGCAUGUACAGGUCAGAGAAGGAUGAGCUGUGUGACGUGAAGAACUUCCAGAUCAAAGCACGGAUGAACAAGAAGAAAGAGCAAGUGUUUGUGUCUUUGUAUAAAGAAAACGAAGAUGAGGAGGAGCCCAAGGGGAAGAAGAGAAGGAACCGUCUAAAGAAGUCUGAGGGUAAUGUGGAGAAGAGCGAUCUCGAAGAAGAUGCAUCUGAAAGCGCUGUAGUGGACGGCUUAGGCCAAACAGACCCCCUGGAGUCUGUACAGGAUGAAGGGGAGGAUGAAGAGGAGUUCCUGGUCCCUAAGAAAAAGAUCAAGCAGGAGGAGACCGCUGUAACUCCGAAAAAGGAGCAGGCCAAGGAGAGGACUGAAAAAACUGAAUGGCAUAAAAAGAAAAUGCAGCGCAGAGGUGGACGCCUGCUGAGCAGGCCCGCGGCAGUGAAGAUGGCUGGAAAACUGUUCAGCAAGAAGAGACUCCAGGCCUACGGGCUGAAUGCAAGCAAACUCUACUUCAGAGAGCUCUACAGACAGAAGAACGCAGAGGGAGGGAAAAGGGAAAAUCAGCAGAAAAAGAGAAAACGGUGAUUCUUGAAGUAACCCAUUUGGAGUUUGUGUCUGGCAUAUGGAGCAUUUUUUCAUGAGGGACCAGAAACCACGAAAUAAUAGCUUUCUUAUUUACUAUUGCAUAACUUGAAUCUGGAGAGUUUUUGCUUUUGCUUCAUUAUUGUUUCAUGAAUAUAAAUUUUAUCUGUGUUCUUAAAUAAAAAGAGGAGUCCUAGUAGAAAUAAA